AAUUCCAACAUCAGUCGCCACUCGCCAUAAAAAAUAUAGGAUUGUCUAUAAAAUUCGUGAACAUACUAUGCAAUAUAUCCUUGUUGGUGCUAUUUUAAAAGACAAAUGACAAUAAUAUAGAACUUCGUCGACGAGGCUGAUUAAUACUGAUAACGGCAGUACUUGAAGUGUGUUCGGAUGGUCGGAAGCUCGCGUGCUGUCGAAGAAUGGAUGUAAACAGCUUAUGACGCAACAAUAGCGUGGAAAACUAGUCGGUGCGAAUAAGGAGUUAGACAAUACUGCUCGUGAAACUCUAUGGAACCAGUCCCUUCUCUACGGAUAAUUUAUUAAAGUAGGGGUGGUCGAUGCCCCACGCGGCACCUGCGACUAUGUCGGCUGCGCGCCACCCGCACUUCUAUACGGUGGAGGUGGGCGACACGCGGUUCACCAUCCUCAAGCGAUACCAGAACCUGAAGCCCAUCGGCUCCGGAGCGCAGGGGAUUGUCUGCGCCGCCUACGACACGGUGACGCAACAGAAUGUCGCCAUCAAGAAGCUGUCUCGACCCUUCCAGAACGUGACGCACGCCAAGCGAGCUUACCGGGAGUUCAAACUGAUGAAACUCGUCAACCACAAGAAUAUAAUCGGUUUGCUGAAUGCCUUCACUCCCCAGAAGAGUCUGGAGGAGUUCCAGGACGUGUACCUGGUGAUGGAACUGAUGGACGCCAACCUGUGCCAAGUCAUCCAGAUGGACCUGGACCACGAGCGGAUGAGCUACCUGCUGUACCAGAUGCUGUGCGGCAUCAAACAUCUGCAUUUAGCCGGGAUUAUACACAGGGACCUGAAGCCGUCCAACAUAGUGGUGAAGAGCGACUGCACUCUCAAGAUCCUGGACUUCGGGCUGGCUCGCACGGCCGGGACUACGUUCAUGAUGACCCCGUACGUGGUGACGCGGUACUAUAGGGCUCCCGAGGUCAUACUCGGCAUGGGAUACACCGAGAACGUGGACAUAUGGUCGGUGGGCUGCAUCAUGGGGGAGAUGAUACGAGGAGGAGUCCUGUUCCCGGGGACGGACCAUAUCGACCAGUGGAAUAAAAUCAUAGAGCAACUGGGCACUCCGUCGGCCGCGUUCAUGUCACGUCUGCAGCCGACCGUCCGCAACUACGUGGAGAACAGACCUCGCUACACGGGCUACAGCUUCGAGCGCCUGUUCCCGGACAUCCUGUUCCCGUCGGACUCCAACGAGCACAACCGACUCAAGGCCUCCCAGGCGAGGGACCUCCUGUCCCGCAUGCUGGUCAUCGACCCCGAGAGACGCAUCUCGGUGGACGAGGCGCUGCUCCACCCCUACAUCAACGUGUGGUACGACGAGGGAGAGGUCAACGCGCCGGCCCCCGCCUCGUACGACCACUCGGUGGACGAGCGGGAACACACCGUGGAGCAAUGGAAGCAGCUCAUCUACCAGGAGGUGGUGGAGUACGCCGCGCCUCCGCCGCCGGCACACCUGCAGCCCCCGCCGGACCACGCGCAGCCCGCCCUCACCACAUAGGUGAGAACGAGGAACACCGCGGACAGAUACUGAAUAAAGACAACAACUGAUGACACCCCCCCUCCCCCUCCAUAGGUCCCGGCCCCGCUGGCCGCCGCUCCUGCAGCCGGCGGUCGGACGACGGACUGAUGUACAUAUAUAUAACUGUCGCGCGACAGCCGGGCCGACGCCGGGUCGACGUCGGGUCGGUUUCGUGUCGGUGACGUGUCGCCGUCGUCCCGCGGGUGUCACGUGGUGGAUGUGAUCUCGUGUAUUGAUUGUAGUCUCUUCCCGUUUCUGUAUAUGUAUUUAUAUAUUAUAUAUAUUAGAGCGUAAGUGAUAUCGUUCGGAGUCGUUCCUUUGUGAUUUCGUUCCGGUCUCCGUGUGUUUGUGUUGCUCGUCUCAUCUCAGAUGCUUCUCCCGCCACGAUGCCUGUGGAUGUCGCUGUAUGGUCGAGCCCGUUUCUUUUGCGUCGAGGAGUGCCUUUAGCAAAUUGAUAACUAUUCGUGAUUUAAAAUAAAUACGGACUGAAUUUGAUACGUUUAAAUAUUUUUGUAAAUUUGAAAUGAAUCACGGAAGCGUGGCCCUGUUCUCAGAAUAAUCUUCGUAACGAUAAGAGUCGGCGCCGAGCCCACUUCGUUAUAUUAAUUUUAAUCGUGCAAUGUUUUUUAUAAUUUAUCGAACUAUGUGUAAUGAUCGUGAACAAGCGAAGGUCUAUUUUCUGAGCCCAUUUUGCCAAUAACCGAUAAAUUUCUGGACGAAUUAACUUCAUUUCCUGCGCCACAGUCACGUCGACCAAUCUAAUGGUCGGAGCAGCACCUUCAAACAAUUUGAGAUUUUCGUGACGUUCACAGUCCCGGCGGUAAGUAGCUGCGUCGUUCAUAUUAUAUAACGAUACGAGACGUAGAUCGUAAGUACAUUUUUACCUAAUUAGUAUAUAUUAGUUCGCCUCACGCGUUCACAUCGCGGCGUCGGUUCUAACACUAGUCGGAUGCCGGGUCUAGUCUAGAUGUUCACGUGAUAUCAUUCGCGAUGUUGUAGCGUGAUGUGUUCCAUGAAAGUCCUCUUCCCGUACGGAUGUGACGCGUGAGGUGCCUUCGUUGUCAUAGGUUAUCGUUUGAAACCUCACUAGGUGAUAUAAACUAUAUUAUAAGUAAAACAGAGAAUGUUGAUAGUCUUAUCGGAUGGUUUCAGUAAAUAGCACAAUUUUUUAGCUAUAGAAUUAACUGAACGGCAAUGUUUGUGAAGGUGACGUAAACUGAGCGGCGUCGGUCGUUACUCAGAGUAUUGUUACCUCGCAUCAAAUGUGGAUGACGAUUAAAUAUAUGAGAAGCAAUAAUAUUACAGCUGUAUUUACCCUUCCCGGAGCUCAAAAUCUGUAUCUUAUUUAUAAAACACAUCAAGGACGUCUCAAUAGAUAGGUUUCUGUUGCACUGUUUAUGGUAUCCUGUUUACGCAGCUCUGAUCGUAGAAAUGUCACUUUACUUUUGUUCCAUCUCGUAGAUACACAAUAUUAUGUAGAAUGGAGUGUUUGCGACAAAGAUAUAGUAAAUGCUAUCCGUGUUUCAUUUGCGCGGGAAAUGUUUGUCAACUUGACAUUUGAAAACCCUCCAUACAUUGUCUUUAGGUUUGACAAUAGACAAAUGAGACGUGUAUCAAAAUGCUACGUAAUAAUGUUUUUUUUUAGAUCGGUCUAUUGUCUCACCUGAAAUAACAUGUUCUAACUAUGAAAGGUAACUGGAAAAAAUCUAUAAAAAAUAUAAAGUAUGCAAUAAAAAUAUAUCUAAAUAGAUAUAAGUGUAAAUAUAAAUAAGCUAAAUGGAACGAAAGUGAAGAGAACAUGUGCUUUCUAUAGGACAUUCUUUUUAUCGCUAUAGUAAAUAAAUCACAACUGUACGUCCAAAUUGUCCAUUUAUAUGUUAACGUACCUAUGCAAAUUACAAUAAUGUAAUCAUUAGAAGGUAUUUAGUGCACUUGGUAAAACAAGUUUUAAGGUAGUAGCAAUGUUGACGCGGGCCGAGCGGCUUCUAGCGGUAUUCAGUUGACACUUCGAUAACCAUCUAAAACAACUUAUUUUUACUGUACACGUAAGUUAUUUCAUAUUUUAACUGAAUAAAUCAAAAUGGUUAUAUAUAGAA